CUCGGCUUUCUCGCAUCAAAUUUCCGUUUUUGCUACCGUCGUCUCUGGUCAGACUCAGAGGAAACACGGAGCUUGAGCAACUGACAAGACUGUUUCGUGUUUGGGGCUUUCGAAGAGAGUAACGAGAUUCGCGGGUUUCGUCAAUUCCUGGGUUUUCUCUAGAUUGCUGUUUCGGUGGUGUUUUCUUUUGAGGAUUUAAGGGAAACAUGGAACCCAACAAGGAUGAUAAUGUUUCAUUAGCAGCAACAGCUCAAAUUUCAGCACCUCCAGUUCUACAAGAUGCCUCGUCUCUGCCAGGUUUCUCUGCCAUUCCACCUGUGGUUCCUCCUUCUUUUCCCCCACCAAUGGCUCCAAUACCUAUGAUGCCACAUCCUCCAGUUGCCCGCCCACCUACUUUUAGGCCACCUGUUUCACAAAAUGGUGGAGUGAAAACCAGUGACUCGGAUUCGGAAUCAGAUGAUGAACAUAUUGAGAUAUCUGAAGAGAGUAAGCAGGUCAGAGAAAGACAGGAAAAGGCAUUGCAAGAUUUGUUGGUAAAGCGUCGUGCUGCUGCUAUGGCAGUUCCAACAAAUGACAAAGCUGUUAGGGACCGACUUAGACGACUUGGGGAGCCCAUUACUCUAUUUGGAGAACAGGAAAUGGAGAGACGAGCUAGGCUGACUCAGCUGUUGACUAGGUAUGAUAUCAAUGGGCAAUUGGAUAAACUGGUUAAAGAUCACGAAGAAGAUGUGACUCCAAAAGAGGAAGUAGAUGAUGAAGUUCUUGAAUACCCCUUUUUUACCGAGGGUCCAAAGGAACUUAGAGAGGCUAGAAUAGAAAUUGCCAAGUUUUCUGUCAAGAGAGCUGCUGUCAGGAUUCAGCGUGCAAAGCGGCGGAGGGAUGAUCCAGAUGAAGAUAUGGAUGCAGAGACUAAGUGGGCUUUAAAGCAUGCUAAACACAUGGCCCUUGAUUGCAGUAAUUUUGGAGAUGAUCGUCCUCUUACCGGCUGCUCCUUCUCACGCGAUGGAAAGAUACUUGCCACAUGUUCUCUGAGUGGAGUUACUAAAUUGUGGGAGAUGCCUCAAGUUACAAACACGAUUGCUGUCUUGAAGGAUCACAAAGAACGUGCAACUGAUGUAGUGUUCUCCCCAGUGGAUGAUUGUCUAGCGACUGCUUCUGCUGAUCGAACUGCAAAGCUGUGGAAAACUGAUGGAACACUCCUACAAACGUUUGAAGGUCAUUUGGAUCGUCUGGCACGUGUUGCUUUCCACCCAUCAGGGAAAUACCUGGGAACUACAAGCUAUGACAAGACGUGGAGAUUGUGGGAUAUAAACACAGGAGCAGAACUGCUUUUGCAAGAAGGCCAUAGCCGCAGUGUCUACGGAAUUGCAUUUCAACAAGAUGGAGCAUUAGCAGCUUCUUGUGGGCUUGAUUCACUCGCACGAGUUUGGGAUCUCCGCACUGGUAGGAGUAUUCUUGUCUUCCAAGGACACAUCAAACCGGUUUUCUCCGUGAAUUUCUCUCCUAAUGGUUAUCACUUGGCAUCUGGUGGGGAGGAUAAUCAAUGCCGUAUUUGGGAUCUAAGAAUGAGAAAGUCAUUGUACAUUAUACCAGCUCAUGCUAACCUUGUGUCUCAAGUGAAGUAUGAGCCACAAGAAGGCUACUUUCUGGCCACUGCCUCAUACGACAUGAAAGUCAAUAUAUGGUCAGGAAGAGAUUUCUCGCUCGUUAAAAGCUUAGCAGGGCAUGAGUCAAAAGUCGCCUCUCUAGAUAUCACAGCAGAUAGCUCGUGUAUCGCUACUGUAUCACAUGAUCGCACCAUCAAGCUAUGGACAAGCAGUGGAAAUGAUGAUGAAGACGAAGAGAAAGAAACAAUGGACAUAGAUCUCUAGUUUCAUUUUUCAUGUUUGUGCAAGAAAAAAAACUUGGGAUCUAGGGAUUUCGAGAUUAGCUUGUUAGAGAAACUCAUUAAAUUGUAUUUGAUCUCUUGUCGGGAAUUAUAGAAACUCAGGAUGCUGAUACAUUGUCUUGAAAAUUUUGCCAUUUCGUUCAACAAAAAGCAAAUGAAUGAACUUUGUUUA